UGAUCCCGCCUAUUUAUCCUCCCCAAUCCGAAUUCCGAUGGUGUGCUAAAACCGUGAAUAUGAAGGGACUCCUAUUCCUCUUCUUUUCCAUCCUCCUCAUGGACCUCAUCACCAUCGCCCUCUUUCUCUCUCCCCUCUCCACUGCCGUUGAUCCUACUCCUGAAGUCGGCUCUGCGGCUUGGUAUGAUGCGCCUUACACGCCUAAUGCCUGCAAGAUUGGUGAAGAACAUCUAGCCCCUGAUGGCCUAUAUGCUGCUGUUGAUGAAGGUUUAUGGAACAAAACAGGGAACCCGUGUGGUUCCAAGGUUCAGGUACGAUGUAUAGAGGGGCCUGAUACUUGCCAUUAUGGGACAAAUCUAACUGCCACCAUAACCGACCGUCUUCAACAGAUGGUUUCCGAACCUUCCAGCUUCGACGUUCGCUUGGUGCUUUCGAAGAAAGCGUACGGCUCUAUCGCGGAUUCGUCGAGGGAUUCAAUCAAAGUCCAAUUCCAGCUGCUUUGAGGUUCGUUUGUGUAUUUUUUUAAAUAAAAAACUAUGUACAUGUGUGAUAUAUAUCUUUACCAUUGUGGUGGUUGGUUUAAUUGCCCCUUGCUGUCUUGAAAGCUGGAUCACCAUGUAGGCGCGUGAUGGCUCCGUUCUAGUCACGCCGCUAUUUUCCGUCGUCGGUUUCCCGAUCGGACACGGAAACACAGUAGAUCCGGGAAAGGUCUGCGGGGCAGAGGGGAGAUUAGCCGGAAAACAGACCAGAGAAGUUGUGGUCCCUGUCUACCUAAUUUUCUUCCAUAGAAUGUUAGAUCUGGGGAAUUAGAUCCCGGGGGUUGUGUGCGUCUGUGGAGGAAAGCCGGGAUCUAAUUCCGGCGGAUUCAGGAAGGUGCGUGGAAAGGUUGUGGUUUCGAGCUUUUGGGGAGUUGAAGUGGCAGGAUCUGGUUCUGAUUUUGGGGUUUCUGAAGACGUUAAGAUGAAUCUUGGAGAUCCUGAUUUGGUAGCGGUGGCUUUGGGUUCUCCAGUGGAGGCGGUGGUUCGGGCCGUUUGGUGGCGGCGCUCUGAUUUACCGUGUGGGUCUGUAUUUUCCGAGGAAGAGGUGGCCCUAAAUUGAACAAAGCUUUUGGGUAAUUUAGUUUCUUGGCUUUAUUUUAGUUUACAGUCUUAUGAUUUAGAUCUAUGAUGUAUGUAGUAUUUUUGAUAUUUUAUUAAUAGAUUUUUGUUCUUGAUGUAUCAAGUUUUAUUGGUCGGUUAUUAAAUAUAUUUAAUAUUUUAAU